AACAUCGCAUUUGUUUUGUCAAUCCCUAUGCUUGUACGCAUCAAGCAAUCGCGAUGGCAAUCUAUGUGGAGGAGGGCGAGAAAAGCCAUGAUAUUGUAGCGGGAGAGAAUAUACAGGUGGCACAAGACGGUACCGGUGUUGCCGAUGGGGCGUCUCAAGAUGUAUCAAACCACCAACGCCGGAAUCUUGCCUCGAGCUUACCUAUACAUGACCUUUCCAAAAACAGUCUGGCUGUCCAUGAAGUGAAGCAACUUCCCUCUCCCUCACUCUCACCGAUCUCCCCGGGUCACUCUCCGAUUAUGGCUACGACGACGGGAUAUUUUGAGCCAGCGACUGGUCCUGGCCCUAUACGCCGAGAGAAUGAAAAUACAACUCUUGCACCUCCAACACUGGCAACAAAAUUGGCAACUCAUGAGCUUCCCGAUAUACCAGAGGAAAAGAUUAGAAAACCCCGGAAAUUGUCCGUCUCAACGGCAAAAGCCAAUGGCGAAAUCUUGAAAUUGUCCGUAGCGGAUAUGGAGGCGUUGACCUCAGCCCCAGAAUCUUUACCAGUUACUUCUCCGGGAAAGUCUCCCAAAUCUGGCCUUCCAACAUUGGCUCCGUCGCCAGUGCUGGAAAGAAAAGGCUCAAUAUCUGAUAUUCCCCGGCCGGACUCAGAGGACUUAAAAAGAAAUGAAGUACACUACAAGGCAACUGUCUCUGAGGUGCCUAGGACUUCGCAGCCUUCAACUACAGACCGUCGAAUAAGUGCGGAAGUGAGCCCAACACCAGCGAUUGGGGCCACCAGGAGACCUGGAUUCUCAUCACGUUCCGCAUCUGCUCUCCCACCAGCUUCCAAUAGGAUGACCUCGUACAGUAAAACGACCCGUCAAUCAUCGCCCAGAAGGAAAACUGCCUCGAAUGGUAGUAGACCCGAAGCUUUGGCUCUCAAUUAUCCACCAAAAACUCAACCCAGCGGGCCGAGUAGUUCGCUGGAACAAUCUCAUACCCCAAUACCCCCAAAUAUACCCCUCCCACCCAUGUCCAUACCUACAUACUUGCAACUCGAGUUAUCCUCAUCUCGACCAUCACCUCUGUACAUUUACCGAUCUGCUAAUAGCGAGAAUCCUUACGAAACUUCAAAAGUAAAAUUUGAGCGCUUGUUAAACUUCCUUUUAUUACCGCCACAGUUGGAGCAGGUACUUUAUUUUGGCAGCUUAGCAUGCCUUGAUGCAUGGCUGUAUACUUUUACCAUACUACCUCUUAGAUUUUUCAAAGCGCUGGCCAUUUUGAUAUCUUGGUGGGGUGAGGUUCUUGCCAAGGAAACUCGUUUUAUAUUAGGCUUCAUUUAUCAUGGAGCUGGGCGAUUUUGGCAUCGUCAAAGAGAGGGUCGUGAUAACACAAAUCCUACACCUCGCUCUCGUAGUGUUUCUCGAGUCCGACCCCCUCCUGCCUCGACUACAUCGUCUUUCCAGUCACGGCCAGGAAGAACUACCGAGUCCGUGAGCUUCAGUGGUGCGCGCGAACAUUCCAAAUCCGAAUCAGAUCGUCGUCAUUCAAGACAAGGUUGGGGUCGUAGGCAUCGAAGGAGCAAAUCGAUACCUUCUUCUUUAUCUUCACAUCACAAGGCUGAUUUGCUCCAAGGAGCCGUCAUCAUCUUUAGUUGUGUUAUAUUAUUGAAGUUUGACGCUAGUAGGAUGUACCAUAGCAUCCGAGGUCAAGCCGCCAUAAAACUCUAUGUGCUUUACAAUGUUUUGGAGGUAUGUUUUGUUUCCUGCUCCAAUUGUCUGUCCAAUGCUGAUUGAAAUAAUAGGUCUUUGAUAAGCUCUUUUCAGCGUUGGGGCAGGAUAUUUUUGAGUGUCUCUUCUCUGAUGAAACUUUGGAGCGAGACCUUGAUGGUCGAAGCAAAUUAUUACGCCCACUUGGAAUGUUCAUUCUGGCACUCAUUUACAAUGUUAUCCAUGCUGCGGCAUUGUUCUAUCAAGUCAUAGCAUUGAAUGUGGCAGUGAACUCCUACUCAAAUGCACUUCUGACGCUCUUGAUGUCGAAUCAGUUCGUCGAGAUCAAGUCAACCGUGUUCAAAAUGUUUCAGAAAGACAAUAUUUUCCAGAUGACUUGUGCCGAUAUCGUUGAACGCUUUCAACUUUGGCUUAUGCUGACGAUUAUCGCUCUGCGAAAUAUAGUGGAACUUGGGGGUUUAAGUAUCACUAGCGAUGGCGGUGCUCCUGAUAUAGUCAAAGAAGCGAUGGCACCUAUCAGAUCGAACUCCAUCUUGCCAGAAAGCUUUACUAUACUCCCUAGCUGGUCUGCUGAGGUCCUCUCACCGUUCUUGUUAGUACUUGGUAGUGAGAUGCUGGUUGAUUGGAUUAAGCAUGCAUAUAUCAGCAAGUUCAACCGCGUACAGCCUGCUGUUUAUCAAAGAUAUCUUGACAUUUUGGCAAAAGAUUACUACACGAAUGUAGGCCGAAAAAAUUUCUACUCCAUGGAAGCAUGCUAAUUUUGUCAGGCUUUUGUCAACCAAAAUCUCAUCAAGCGACUAGGGCUUCCGGUAAUUCCUUUAUCAUGUUUAUUCAUCAGGUCAUCAGUCCAAACUUAUCAUAUGUUCGUUGCCACUCAUCUUCCGCCACCUCUUCCUUCGACUGCCACAUCAUUGUCAGUCGAUUCUGCCACAACAUCCCCGGCCACUACCGCUGCCCUUGAACAUUUCGAUACUAUCAUCCGCAAAGCCCUCGGAAGAUCUACAUUCGGCGUGCCGAAUAUCACAAUCACCAACCGCUGGUACCUUCCCAGUGCUGAUGAUGCUAUCGCUGCUCUGACCAUGGUCAUCUUCUUCCUCGGCGCAUUCUUCGUUCUUCUCGCUUGUAAAUUGGUCUUGGGAAUGCUACUCUUGAAGUUCUCCCGCAAUCGAUAUCGCACAAUGAAGAAAAGGGAACAUCAAAACUAUACCAUGGAAGGGAAGAGGAUUGGGAGCUGGGGAAUGGUGGAGAUGGAGGAGGAGAAACGAGAUCAUAUUUUCGGCGAUGACCCUGAAACUUUGAAGAAGUUGAGGGAAAAGGAGAGGUUGGGGAAAGAGAAGGCUGCUGCUGCACCAGACUUCUCAAAGAUUAGUAGAUACGAGAUGUCUGCGAAGAGGAUAUGGUAGUAGUAUACUGUAUAUACUGUACAAUAUGUAAAGAGCAUUCGAGCAUGA